AAUUCCAGUCGGACUAUGAUUUCGUGCGCUCCUCCAUGUGUUUUUCUCUCUCGGUCCCUCGCUGCUGUCUGUUCAGUACUGUUCAUUUCUCUUCGGGUUUUCUCCGGUAAAUUCUCCGUUAUUACCGGGCAUGUCGGGCGGCGGCAGUUCUUUGUUCUCCGGGUUCCGGGUUCUGGGACUUUAUUCCAACCACGUGCCGCACGCGCUUCGGUACCACCAGAAACACCGCGAGUUCUACCUGGUGACGUCAGUCGGUAAAUGUUUCCACACCUACAACGUAAGAAAAGAGAGAUUUCUUUUAUUUAUUUAUAUUGUUAUUAUUAUUGUUGUUGUUGUUCGGGUCGGUUCUGUUGUUCCUUGUGAGGCUUUCCAGGUUCUCGGUUCUGUUGGUCCGUUCUGAUCCCGGUUCUUGCCCCCCCCCCCCCCCGAUCAUGAAUCAGUUUGUUCCAGAACCAGGACUGUGAGACUUACCCUUCUUACCAAGGGGGUCCAUGAUGGUCCUCUGGAGAACUUAACCCUGAUGGACCAGACUGAGAGCUCCUGAUCCAGUCCCAUCAGAACCAGGGUCCACUCAGACCCACAGAGAUCAGCUGAUGACUGUGUCUGUCCUUAAAUACAGAAAUUCAUGUUUUUAUCAAUUAUAGAUUAGAUUAGAUUUGUAUACUAGAUUAUAAUCUAUUACAUUAUUAUAGAUUAUUAUAAAUGUCCUAAAAGAACAUUUUCACAGUUACUCCAAAAUUCAGCUGCACAGAUGUUAACAAGGACCAGAAAGAGAGAUCGCAUUACACUGAUUUGAAGGUCUCUGCAUUGGCUCCCUGUCUCUUUUAGAAUUUAGAUUUUAAGGUCGUUUUAUUGGUUUUUAAAGCUCUUCAUGGCUUUGGUCCGUCUUAUUUAUCUUAUGAGUCAGGUAGAGUCAUCAGGUCUUCAGGAAGUUCUCUGUUAACAUUACCUAAAGUUAAAACCAAGACACACGGUGAGGAACCUUUUUAUCACUACGAUCCCCAUCCGUGGAACAGUUUACCUGAAGACCUGAGGACUAAAACUAAUCUGAAUAACUUUAUAACCAAACUGAAAACAUACCUUUUUAGUCUUAACUAAGUUUGAUAUCAUUAACUUUAAGUGUUUUAUCAUUUAUCUCUUUCUAGUUUUAAUGUCAGGAUCAGCUUUUAUUGAGCUAUUUCGGUGCUCUUAUUUUAGUCUCUUUUACUGUUGUUUUUAUUUCAUUUUAUUCAUUAUUUCUUGAAUUUUAUUUUAUGUUGCUUUGUUUUUAGAUUUUAAACCUCUAGUGUUUUCUUAUCUUGAGUUUUAAAGUGAAGUUUCCUUAUUGCGCACAUUAAAGUUCUUUUUAAGUUUAUGUAUUUAAAUAAAUGUUUCUUUUUAGGUGGUGGGAAUUAAGGGUUGGGUUGGGGUGAAUUUAGGUUUUCUUUGUUUCUUUUAUUCCUUUUCCUGUGUAAAACACUUUGUGAUACAUGGCCAUGUAUGAAAAGUGUUAUAUCCAUAGACUGUAUAUACUAUGGACAACUUGGUUCCGCCUUCUGCCUGUAUACGGAUUUGAAGCCAAAUAGCUCUCUGUAUUUCCGGGAUUUUUCUUCAUUUCCUGAAACCAGCGCUGUGCAGAAGCGAUGCGCACAUUCGGACGCGCAGUCGCCAAGAGUCGCUGUGAUGGCGCUCAGCUCAAACAGCGUAUCCCACGGGAGAGCUACGCAAUCCCUGUACUCCCAUAGGCUGUAUCAAGUGUCAGUCAUAGAAAACAUGAACCCCCUAAUAACUUUUAAAAACAGAGCUUCACAGAAAAAAGAGGACUUGAGCACAAACCAGUCUGACAGUAGCUACAUGUCAACAUCGCAAGCAGGGGGGAGAAAAAUGUAUGUUCUGUGUAAUAAAUUUGUAACGUUUCUCCACAUCCCCAUAAGCUUUGCUGGUGGAGGUGGGAUUUAUGACCUAUACUGCAGCCCAUCAACAGAGGGUGCUGUUCUCGGAGUGGCUUCACCCAGAGAGGAGGCAGACUCUGUCCAUUCUUUAUACAGUCUGUGGUUAUAUCAGUAAAGAUUGAUUGAUUGGUUGGUUGGUUGAUUGAUCGAUCACCUGGUUCUGGUUUGUUUCAGGUGAACCGGUUGGGAAUCGUCGCUGUCAGUAAGUAGUUUUAAAUAAAGUUUUUUUCAGACCUGCUCUCUGAUUGGCUAUCAGGUGUAAUGUAAUGACAUAUGGUUGUCCAGGUAACAGUCUGCCAGAUGACAUCAGCUGUUUGGCGGCUGACAGGAUGUUGGUGUUCGCCGCAGCAGGACGGGAAAUCAGCGCCUUCGCCAAGAACAAAGAGGUACGAAAACUUUAGUUAAAUACAGCUCAUGAACAGUUUUAACCUUAAAAACUUUAUUUAAAAACAGCUCAUGAAGUCUUUUUUUAAGUAUGAAUUUGAAAUUAAACUUAAACUGUUUAAAUAAAAAAAGUGGUUUUGAUGAGUCGUGACCUUUGACCUGUAGGUGGUGAUGUGUUACCAUGGACACAAACAGGAAGUCCACUUGCUGCUUCCUUUGGGUGAUCAGCUGAUCUCUUCUGACAUUGGUGGUGAUGUUAUCGUCUGGGACUUCCCAGGUGGCGGUGAGGGGGCGGAGCUUUGCUGAAUGUCAUCUGCAUUUAAAUCACCUGCCCUGUUACCUAUCAUUCUUUGCUUUCUUUCACUGUUAGAGGUCUACCUGCGUCUACAGUUUGACCCCGCCUCCUUUAACGUGUCGGCCAUGAUGCACCCCAGUACCUACCUGAACAAGGUGCUGCUGGGGAGUUCCCAGGGUGCACUGCAGCUCUGGAACAUCAAGACCAGGUGACAAUAUGUGCUGUGUCCGAAUUGCCCGCUCACAUACUACAUGCUACUGCAACAUACUACUGCUAGAUCCUACUCCUACAUACUAAACACAUUGGCCCAAUUCGGACACACAAGACGAGCGGUGGGGAAAGACGACCCCCGCAGGCUGAGAGUAGGUACUGCGCCCGUUUUAGACUCUUUGAAUGGUGAUUGUGCAAGUGAUGGAUGCUGCUGUAUUAUAUUCCUGCACUGCUUUAGAAAUUCACAAAGUAGCUUUUCCAUUACUUUUAGCCUUCAUUCACUCACGUGGUGAUUGUUUGUUCAAUGAGAUCUGCCUGAUUACUGCAGCUGUGCAGUUUAAUGAUGGAAUAAGUGAGCUUUACCACCAUGAUGUCGCCACAUAUUUGCUCAUAAAAUGAUUACUUGGGCAAAUAUGACACCAUGACAUGACAAAGAGAUACAACCGCACAUUUUUUAGGACAGUGUGCGAAGUUACAUGAAACUUACAUCUGUACUGCUGCAGUCCUGCCCCCUGCUGCUGCUGCUGCUGCUGCUCCGCCAUGGUGUGCGCUGCUGUGGCCAGCCGGCGUUCGCGACGCAUCUAAAUAGGCAGCAGCUGGUGGCGCUAGCAUCACAUGCGCUUCUACAACUUUUAAGAGGACAAAGAAUUUUUGUAGUCAUCUCUCAGUGAGAGCCAACACUCUUGACCGCGCUAGCAACACAAAAGAACUACAACAGUGGUUUGACUUCCUGUCAGCUAGGAGCACGGCUGUGCAUUUCUACCCUUCAAGCCAGGAGCGAGGAAACGUAAUUUUGUGACAUUCUGUAGUUUUUCAAUCAUUUCUGGAGUCGUGGCGAAUCAAAUCACCUUACCUGUCUGCCCCUGAUAGGCGAAUAAAGCGCUCCGGUCUUGCUACGUGCUUCAAGAGUAAAGUAAACAGCGAUGGAGGCAGAGAGCAGCUUUGGAGGAGAAACAUCCAGCAGUGUAAACCACCUCUACAAAAGAGCCCUAAAGACCUACCUUUUUAAUAAAGCCUUUGGUUAGCUUUCCUCUAUGCUUUCACUACCUUGCCUCUUACAUUGCAACUCUAUAUUCUUUAUUUUUUGUAUUCUUUUAUGCUUUUUUUAUGCCAAUCUGUGACUCUCAUUCUAUUGCUUUUUUUAUUGUUGCUGCUCUUUUUUUACUGUGUACUGUAGCACUUUGAGAUUUUUUGUAAAUGUAAAGUGCAUUACAAAUUAAAUUUAUUAUUAUUAUUAUUAUUAUUAUGGAGUGCUUUGGCUCACACUAUCGGCGUUUUCUGUGAGUGUUGCAUAACUUUGGGUGAGCACAGACAUGAACGCACUUCAGCCACGUAUUUAUUUAUUCAUUUUUCUAGUUUUAAGUGCUGGUCUUGUACUGGCACUGUACUAGGGCAGCUGUAUACACUUUAAUUUUUCAUAGAACUGAAAGCAUACCAUAGCUAUAUCGUGGUAUAUCGUUAUCGUGAUAUAAAAUGAUCCAUAUCGUGAUAUUCAUUUUUUUCCAUAUCGCCCAGCACUACUACAUACUACUUCGACUACUACUUGGCAAUUCGGACGCAGCAAUAGACUUACUCACCUGUGGUCGACUGACCAAUCAGAGCUCUUUACAUCAUUCACACUCUGCUGGGUGGAGUCUGAAGGGGAGGGAGGGGUCAGGAUGGUGUUCAGCUAGCAAUGUAUGAAUCAGGAGGGUUCAUUUUCAUUCAUUCAUUCAUUCAUUCACUCAUUCAUUCAUUAGGAAGUUAUCAUAUAAUAAUAUAAUGUAAUAAUCAUGUUAUUAUGGAAUGAUAUAAUGUAAUAAUAACAUAAUUUAAUAAUCAUGUUAUUUCUGACUCAGUCUGUUUGUUCUUCUGUGUUUCAGUAAAUUGUUGUUCACCUUCCCAGGCUGGUCAGCAGGGGUCACUGUCCUACAACAGGUCUGUCUGUCAGUCUGUCUGUUUUUUUGUUUGUCUGUCUGUCUGUUUGUCUGUUUGUUUGUUUGUCCGUUUGUUUGUUUGUUCUUCAGUCUGAUCAGAUUUAUGUUUUACUUUGGUGCUCUUGUCCUGAAAAACCACCCCAUGCUGUCAUGUGACUUGUCAAAUUUGUUUUGAGGAGAACAGAGGCCUAUACUACGAAGCUGGAUUUGGUCUUAGCGAGAUACCUCCUGGAUAACUUCUGGGUUUUCUGUACUACGAAAGUGGAUCUCUUUUUAUCCGGGUCUGUUGCCCCGGUAACUUGCACGGAACGCCAAACCUGCUCCGGAGCAGGUUAUGUUUGAGGAUAAGAGCUCAGCGGGUAUAAAAGACCGCCCACUGACCAAUCGGUUCUCUUGGAAAAUGGCCUGCCCACUUUUGCCGUAUCCUGUGGACGUCGGUGCUCGGAUUGUUAGAGAAGCGCUUCACCGUGAGCGCUAUUUUCGUGAUCGCUCGAAUCCAUUUGAUUUACCAGAUGACGUUCUGUACGAGCGUUACAGGUUUUCUUUUGAGGGGCUGCGGUAUAAUAAUAAUAUCACAUAAUAUCACAGGACCUCGUUUAUCAUCAUCCUACAGCUGAGACAUUGUGAGGAAAUCGCUGUGUACAUGCUGAAAUACUGUAUGUACAAAUACAAUCUGCCAAUAAACCUACUAACCACUCUGAAGGAUGUUUUUAUAUUUAUUUUGAAUUUGCUCCCACGUUCUUUUUUCCCCACUGCUGCUGCAUCUGAAAUCAUGAGGUCGAUGAUGAUGAUGAUGAUGGUGAUCAAACACUGAAUGACAACACAUUUGGGGACCAUAAAUUAAUGAACGCACAAAUGUAGCGACAUCUAUCCGUGCCAUUGUGAUGGCACAUUAAUAUCUUCAUCGUAUUGACUUACGCAUUAACACAAUAGGCGAUUUUUUUGCCAGCAGUCCCUCCAGCUUCUGGCGGCUACGGCUGUGUUGCUCCUCGCUGUGAUUGUAUCACGGAACUCCUCGUAUUUACGCAGGAUAAUAUCCUGUUCCUCAGCUGUGAAAUACAAUGCUUUCGCUGUUUUGUCCAUUGUGGAAAAUGGUCCAGUGCCGCUAACCCCGCCCCUUUUAUGUGUGCGCGCACAGAUCUGAAGUGGCCACACCUGGAUUGAGUUAUCGAGUUGAUAACUGACUUCGUAGUACAGCUGAUUGGAAUCGCGGAGAUCCAGUGAAGUUGAGCGAGUUGUCGCAGAGUUAUCCUGGAUGUGUUAAUCCAGCUUCGUAGUACAGGCCUCUGAUCACCUCUGUGGGGCUUUUAUUUUGAAGGAACUCUAAGAGUGUGUUAAUGUUUGUACAUUGAAAACUUCAUUUCCCAGAGUCCUGCAGUGGAUGUAGUCGGUAUUGGCUUGGCAUCUGGUCGCAUCAUCAUCCACAACAUCCGAUUGGACAAGACGCUCAUGAGCUUCACACAAGACUGGGGACCAAUCAGCUCACUCGCUUUCAGAACAGGUACAGGUUACGCCCCCCAGGGCUGCUAGCAUUAGCAUGCUAACGCUGUAACAAACACUCUCGGCCAGUUUCAGAGUUAAUGUUAACUUUGAGCCGAACAACAGCGACAGCCGCUCACCAAAACUGACUUUACUGCCCACCUCUUUCUGACUGUUUUCCUGUUUCUGACUGUUUUCCCGCCUCUUUCUGACUGUUUUCCUGGAUUUGAAACUUUAACUAUUAGUUACUAGAAUAAGUCGUAUUGGUUAUUAGGAGUUACCAGCAGGAGUUAUGAAGAUCCAAAACUGCGUUCAUCUGAUCCACACGUGAAUGCUGCCCAACAUCCUGAUAAACUGACCAAUCAAACGACUGAUCAUAAUGUCGUGUUGCCCCCCCCCCCCCCCCCCCCCCAAGAUGGUCCUCCCAUCAUGGCCUCCGGCAGCCCUCAGGGCCACAUUGCAUUCUGGGAUCUGGAGCGCCGUCAGCUUGUCACCCAACAGAGACACGCCCACAGCACAACCAUCGCUGCUGCGACCUUCUUGCACGGAGAGCCGCUGUUGGUUACAAACGGGGCCGACAACGCCAUCAAGGUAAACAAACAAACAAACAAACUAACAAACAUAAGUAAUAAAUUAACAAAGAAACUGAUGAAUAAACAAACAAACUAAUAUUUAAACAAACAAACUGAUACUUAUAAAUAAACAAACUGAUAAAUAAACAGAAUAAUAAAUAAACAAACAAACUAAAAAAACAAACUGAUAAAUAAAAAAACAAACAAACUGAUAAAUACACAAACAGUUAAAUCAACAAACAUGUAAAUAAACAGAAACUGAUAAAUAAACUAACUGAUAAAUAAAUAAAUUAACGAACAAACUGAUGAAUAAACAAACUUACUUAUAAAUAAACAAACAAACUGAUAAUUAACAAUUGAUUAACGGCUAAACUCUUCUUUUUUAAACUGAUUGGUUGGUCUGUUGUGCAGGUGUGGAUAUUUGAUCAGGAGGGGGGUGGAGCCAGGUUGCUAAGGAGUCGUCAGGGCCACAGUGCCCCUCCCACCACCAUCUGUCACCAUGGCAACGAUGGAAAAAACAUCCUCAGUGCAGGUAACCACAGCUGUAAUGGUGGGGUUGGGGUUCGGACUAGAGGGUGACAUUUUUUGGGAAUUCCCAUGGGUCACAUUUUUCGGGAUUAAUGUGGGUCAAGUGAUUCCCGCGGGAAUCCCACAGGAUGGGAGUCAUUUUUUAGUUAAUCUCUUAAUCGGCUGAAAAUAAUCAUCUAUUAAUGUAGUUCCCGCUCCUGCCCACUCCGGUUGCUUUUUUUCCGUCCCAAUCACGGGAUUCAUUUAAAAAUGACUCCCAUCCAGUGGGAUUCCUGUGGGAAUCACGUGACCCAUGGGAAUUCCCGAACAAUGUCAUCCUCUAGUUCGGACCUCCAUGAUGUUUUUUUUAUUUCAUGAUUUUGAACAUGGUGCUGUUUGCGACCCCUGUAGGUCAGGACGGGACAUUGCAGUCUUUUUCCACUGUCCAUGAACGCUUCAACAAGAACCUGGGUCACGGUCAGUUUCAGACUCUAAACUCUGUUUACAAACCUGAUUUUACUGAAACGCACUGAUACUGUGGUACAAUAUUUAGUUUCUAUGGUAACAGUAACACGUCAAUUAUUACAGCAACCAGGGGCCUAUUCGAAGCAGGAUUACUGCUUAGCGAGGCAACUUCAAGGGUAAUUCAGGGUUUCCUGUUCCACGAGGCGGGUUCACUUCUUAGAGAGGCGAGUCUCCAUGGCAACGUACGCUGAACGGCUAACCUGCUCCAGGGCAGGUUAGGUUCCAGAUUGAACUCACAGAGUAUAAAAACCCCGCCCACUGACCAAUGAGCUCUCUCGAAAAAUGGCUCGUUCUUGGAGGAUCCUAUAGACCUCGGUGCUCCCACUCCGGCGCGCAAGAGUUUUCAGGGACCACACGGACCUACUUACUUUUCCGGAUGACCACCUUUAUGAAAGGCUCAUAUGGCCUUCUUAUAACACCAAAAAUGUAAACAUGAUAAGAAUGAACAAAUGAAUGAAUUCAUCUUGGAAACAAAUUAGACAUGUCUGGUGCAUGUUAAAAGCGCAUGUUGGACAGUGCUAUUUCAGGGUGAUAAUGGCAUCAAAGAUUUUUUGCGCACUAUACUUACGCAUUGAGACUGUCUGCAAUUUUCUGCCAGCAUUCCUUCUGUGCUUUUGCAGCAGCGACGGUGUUGCUUUUGAGUUUAAUGUUAGAUUUGAAUUCUUCAUACUUUCUCAUGAUCGUCUCCUGCUCCUGGUUUGUAAAGUACGCACUCCUUUGCUCUCCGGCCUGCUCUGAUGCUCCAAACCGGUCCAUGUUCGUGAUUGGUCAGAUGCAACGGGCUCCACCUUAUGUGCGUGCACACGCUCAUAGCAAAGCUGGAUCCACUUACGGGGUUGAUAACCAGUGUCGUAAGACCGUUUAGCGAGACCGCUGGCUACCGCGCUAAGUUGAGCGAGGUAGCUCCAAGGCUACCUCGCUAGGUCGAACUUGCUUCGUAGAACAGGUCACUACCAGAGGACUCAGGUUUACGGGUUUACAGGAACAAGUUAGACCGUCAGCGUCACCCAAGACUGCUUUGGUCUAAUCCACAUGUCCUCGUCGACUGUUGUAGGACAUAAUUUCAUGAAAGUGUGUGUGUAUGUGUGUGUGUGUACAUGUCUGUUGUGUGUCUGUGUGUGUGUGUACAUGUCUGUUGUGUGUCUGUGUACGUGUGUACAUGUCUGGUGUGUGUGUGUGUACAUGUCUGUUGUGUGUGUGUACGUGUGUACAUGUCUGGUGUGUGUGUGUACGUGUGUACAUGUCUGUUGUGUGUGUGUACGUGUGUACUAAGGGUGUGGAAAAUAAUCUACGGAUUUGCAAAGAAAGACAGAAAGCUCGAAAAAACGUCCGUCAUUUGCAAAGAAUGCCGCGUUAAGAAGCCGUACAACGGCAGCACGACAAACAUGCAGACCCACUUAGAAAGAGUACACCACAUCACCGACAAGUCUAACGCCACCUCCCCUCCCUUAACAUUGAUUGCACUGUUGAAAGUGUCACUUUAGGUUACUCAUUUAGAGUGUUUUGUGGUUGCUGUUUACUGUACUUUUUACAGCAGUAAUUAUUGUGUAAUUGUUUUAGUCUUUUAUUAUUGCAGAACUCACUCAAAUCACUGAUUUUCAGUGGCCAGUUAGAAAGUCAACUCUAGCACAUUGUUUUGGCAGACAGUAGUAUGGCCAUUGAAUGGUCUAUUUGCACCAUGUUAGGCAGUGCAUUAGUUGUUUAAUAAUGUGUACUGUAAUAUUACCGAACAAGUAUAGAGCACUUGUGUGAUGUAGGGUUGGGAUUGGAAUCCUUUUUUUUAUUUUUUUAUUUUUUAUUUUAUUGAUUCAGAUUCCUUAACAGUUGCAGGAGGUCUGUCUAAUCUGUGUAACUGUACAAAAUGGAACCCAAAGGAGCAUAGAAAAAAGCACUUUUGUUGAAUUAACUGCUAAGUGCCUUUAAGGAAUAAAGCCAAAUCAUUUUUGUAGUACCAUACUGAAUUCCAUCUUUUAUUUUUAUUUCUUUUUUUCUUUACUUAUUUGCAUCACGUUGAAUUGCAUCAUAUCGCAACAAAUUGCAUCAUAUCGUAUCGGAUUGCAUUGAUUUGAACUAAAUGAUUAUCGUAUCGUAUCGCAUCAUGAAGAGGGUGAAUCGUAUUGCAUCGUAUCGCCAGAAAAUUCCAUGUAUCGUUAAAGUAUCGUAUCGCUGGCAGUGCAUCGAGAUGCAUACGAAUCGUCCUCAGUGCUGAGAUUCACACCCCUAGUGUGUGCAUGUCUGCUGUGUACGUGUGAACAUGUCUGUUGUGUGUGUGCGUGCGUGUGUACAUGUCUGCUGUGUGUGUGUGUGUACAUGUCUGUUGUGUGUGUGUGUGGGUGGGUGUGUGUGCGUGUAUAUGUCUGUUGUGUGUGUAUGUGUGUCUGUUGUGUGUGUGUUGUUGUUGCUCUGUUUUGUCGUCUGUCGUUGUCGAGGACAUUUAUUUAACUAAAGUUCGGCGUUGCGUUCAGGUUCCGUCAGUAAGAAGAAGGAGCAGAAUAAUAAGAAGAGGAAAGGUUCGUCAUCGUUGUACGAGGAACUUCGUCUUUCUGCGAUCACGACCUUCUCUUCAGGUAGGCGCUCUGACACGGACUGAGCAUGCUCAGAGUUCUUAACAGACUGUUUACCGUGAUUAGCUGACCUUUCUGUUGAUUGACAGCUACUGCCCGUCAGUCGGACUGGGACAGCGUCGUCGCCUGUCAUCGCGGUCGCCUAGCAGCAACAACGUGGAACUACCAACGGUGCACCAUGGGAGUCCACCACCUGCAGCCGCCAAACACUCCCAGGAGUGCUGUCGCCACGGUAACACCAUCACCCCCCCUCUGUGCCCCCCCCCGGCUUUCCCUGGUGGUCAUGUGACGUCUGUUUGUUUCCAGGCUGUCAGCAUCACUUCCUGUGGAAACUUUGCUGUGAUUGGUUCGUCCUGUGGUCGCGUCGACGUCUACAACCUGCAGUCUGGUCUGCACCGCGGUUGCUAUGGUGACAAAGAGAAAGGUGUGUUUUUUCUGUCCUGGUCUGUCAUUGGUUGUUUCUGUCUUUGCAUGUUAUUGACUCUGCCCCCUUCUCCUCCAGCUCAUGACGGGACGGUGCGAGGCGUUGCAACGGAUGCCCUGAACCAGCUGACAUUAACCGCAGGCUCUGAUUGGCUGCUCAAAUUCUGGCGCUUUAAGAGCAGGAAACAGGAAGAGCAACUAAAGCUUAACGUAGCGCCAGCUAGCAUGCUGCUACACAGAGACAGGUAGCUAACAGUUAGCAUUUUAAAAGUUAGCGUAAUAUUUUAGACGGGAAGCUAACAAUUAGCAUUUUAAAAGUUAGCGUAGAAUUUCACGCGGGUAGCUAACAGUGUUUCUAUCUGUUCCAUGUUAGCGGGAUGCUAGCAUUAGCGCUGGAUGACUUCACACUGCUGGUGGUUGACAUAGAAACCAGAAGAGUCGUCAGGAAGUUUUCAGGUCACCACGGCAACAUCAACGACAUGGUGGGUGUGGGAAAGCUAACACAUUGUUAGAUGUCUGAUCUCCUGAAAGCUAACUGUUUUUUAAAACUUUAUUGAAUCUCUUUACUCAGACGUUCAGCCCUGAUGGCCGCUGGCUGGUUACCGUGGCGAUGGAUUGCACCAUUCGUACCUGGGAUCUCCCCUCUGGAUGGUGAGUGAUGGUUCAGAAGGUCUGUUGGAACAGCUGUACCUGUCAGGUGGCGCUCAAUCCUGAAUAAAGUUCUGGUUUCGUUUGGUUCCUGUGGAAACGUCAGAGAAGCUUUUGUCACUGUCCUGACUCGACUGUUUCAAUAAAGUUUUCUUUCUCUUCUCUUUCUCGCUCCAGUCUUGUAGAUUGUUUCCUGGUUGCCAUGGCGCCGGUGGGCGUGUCCUUGUCACCGACUGGCGACUUCCUGGCAACGGCUCAUGUUGGCAGUCUGGGCGUGUACCUCUGGUCUGAACCAAUCAGCUCUCAGCAUUCCAUUAAACUAGACACAUGUCUCUGCACUAACCCCGACUCAUGUUAGCAGCCAAUCAGAUUGGGCCUUAAUGCAUGAUAUCACAGGUCUGCUUAUAGAAAUAACCAAAGUUCAAAGGUCAACUCUCCAUUAAACUGGACCAGAGUCCCUCUGGGAUCUGGACACAGAGGGUUCCGCCCUUCUUCACCUCUGAUUGGCUAGAAUUGCUGGGCUCGGAUUGGUUAUUCCUUAUGGCUGUAAAACGUCGGCAUCUGUCUUCAGAAUUAUGAUAAUGUUCUGUUGGAUGUACAGAGCAGAUGGUCCAUGCUCGACUUGAGAGUGUGAUGACGUUUGACAGCCAAUCAGAGGCGAAGGAGGCGUGACCUUCCCCUACCAUCCUAUGAAAAAUAUUGCGACAAGGAGAGUUGUUGACUGACAUCGCAUCACCUAACUGUGUCAUUACAUCACCUGACUUCCUGUUCCUGUUUCUUUACCCUGAUCUCUGGUGUCUUUCUGAGCGAAAAUGAGGCGGUUAAUAUUAGGAGGAAAAAACACCCCUGACCCUGACCAUGACCCAAACCAUGACCCUGACCCUGACCCUGACUCAACCCUGACUCAAACCCUGACCCUGUCCUGAACCCUGACCCAAACCCUGACUCUCACCCUGACCAUGACCAUGACCAUGACCCUGACCCUGUUAGGCUGUAUUGGCUGAGUGAGAUCGUAUUGGUUCAUUCCACUUUAGUGGGGCAACAUAAACUGAUUCAUAAAAUAGCUCUAUUGAUAGUAAGUACUAAAAAAAAUAUCUACUCAUGCCAUCCAGUCGAUUUUUAGUAAUCAGUGUUUCAGUGUCAAACUUUUUCCUUUCUGCGGCGUACUGAUACUUGCACACGCGCAAUCGAAUAUGCAGAGGGGUGAAGCGAUUUUUGUCACGUGGACCAAAAGGAGUCGAGUCUCGUUGUCAAGUAUCAGAAAUACAUAAACAAGCGUGGUAGCAAUUUGAUUGACUUUCAGCCAUUUAUGGCCAUGAUGUGCUGUUUAUAUUUUAUGGCUUUUGUCAUUUUUAUGUAUGAAACAUAAACUUUUAGCUAAAUUUACUGUAUAUAUUUCAUUGUGCUGGGUGCAAAUCACUUGAGUUGAGACGUUUUCUUCAAGAAAUUUGCGACAUUUAAUAAUCUGAAUUCACUUACGCGUAUACUAAGACACCAAUAACUGUUUCAGAUGUUAGGUAGAUGUAUUUAUGACAUUUGAGAAAGAUUUUGUCUUGCCAGAAUCAACAUAGCAGUUUCUACAAGCAAAAACAGCAGCACCAUAUAAUUGUUUUUUGGGUUACUCACAUAUAUGUACAUUUCUGGCUGGUGACAAAAGUCGGACCGAUAGUCUGAGUAGAUAUUUUAACCCAAAGUCCAGAAUGGUAUUGUCUAUGCAAAAAAUGCAUUGAACAAGUAGCACCAUCGUAGUUGAACAAAAUUCACUUUCUCUGCACUUUUUCCUUUGUCCCAAUACAGCCUAUGACCUUGAGCGAAGUUACUUUUGCAGAGUUUCAGAUGCCGUGGACGUGGAUGCUUUGGCGAUGCUGCCUGAAGGGUUUGACUGACCCGCGGCUGCAUUACGUUCUUGUUUCUCAAAUGCCUUUUGCAAAUAAAUCGUUUCUGCAAGGUCCUUUGUCUCACCCUGUAGAGGAAGCUACUUUCUAAAACUAGUUCUGUAAGUUUCCCAAUGUGUCCUUGUAAAGUCGAGAACGUCUUCACUCUGGACAGAUGAUAGAUUCAUAUAGCAUCAUUUCGUUCCUUUUUUUAUGCACUUUUGAAGGCUGUUUUCUUUUUUUCCUUUUCUUUUCUUCCUCUUCGCUUGUCUCGCUGCUAGAUGCGCUCGUCGCCAUGUUUGUGUAUUUCUGAUACUAUUGCAACGACACUCGGCUCCUAUUGGUCCACGUCACAAAAAUCGCUUCACCCCUUUGAAUAUUCGAUUGCGCAUGUGCAAGUAUCACUACGCCACAGAAACGAAAAAGUUUGCCACCGAAACACUGAUUACUAAAAAUCGACUGGAUGGCAUGAGUAGAUUUUUUUUUAAGUACUAACUAUCAAUAGAGCUAUUUUAUGAAUCAAAGUUUAUGUUGCCCCACUAAAGUGGAAUGACAUUCACUUUCUAGGCACUCUAUGUCCCAAACCCUGACCCUGACCAAGACCCUGACCGAAACCCUCACCCUCACCUUUACCCUGACCCUGACCCUGAACCAAACCCUGACCCUGACCCUGACCCAAACCCUGACCUGGUAACCUGAAAGCUCUCAGCUCACCUAUAAAUGGACCACAGGAAAAGAUGGACGUGACCAGGACUGAAACAACCUAAGCAGAGAAGUCUCUAGGAGUCUCUGUUGGUCUCUUGUGGUCUAUGAUGACGUGUCUAAAUCAAAUAAUGAUCAUAUGAGGAGGAACUGAUCCACAUGAAUUAGAGACUGUUCAUAACAGAAAGCUGAGUCAGCGACGAACCCGGGAUUUCCACUGCAUCCAGAACGGCGGCGAUUUUCACCGUCCACCAAUUCCUACCAGAUCCGUUUGUGAGCCGGAUAUUUUAUUUUGUGUCUGUGCCCGACUUUCUUUCCACCAUGGGUUAAUCUGUGCUGAAUUUAUCGGGCAUGCUCUGGCGUCCAGAAAAAAUAGAACCCUUGGGAUCAGCUGUGGAGUUUGGUGAUCCGCAUAGGAACAGACAGAAGUCGGUGGAAAUUGACACGUUAACUUGAAUAGUUACCAUCAGCUACGAUUGGAGGAUACAACCUUUUAGUAGCUGUUCAGGAUGAGGUGGAAAUUGGGGGUAAAGCCAAUCACUCCUGCAUUACUGUCCUGUACAGACCUGACUCCGGUCAAAGGUCACAGGUUAUGUCAGGUGAAACCGUCUCUGGUCCGGUUUGAUGGAGACUGACUCUCAUAGAAUCUUUGAUCCGGGUCCUGAUGGUUCUGCCUUUUACCCUUUACUAACCCGGCUCAGCAUGAACGAAGACUCUCAGUGUAAACUCACCAACAGUUAGGAUGGACAGCUGUCAGUCAAAGGGGGCGGGGCAAAAGCUUAAAGUUGUAGCACUGUGAUAAAAUGAUUUCAUUGUUUUUACACUAGCUGAUUGUGUCAGCCAAUCACAGUGCAGCUCUCCUCCCUUAGGACCAAUAAGAGUCUGUGUGGGCUUGUGGGGCUCCGCCCCCUCCCAGCUGACUACCAACCAGCUGGGGAGACACUGCCUGGGGUUACAGCAGAGCAGUCUGAACAGGAAGUGACAUCAGAGGAGGUGGAUGAUGAGUACAAGUCAGCUGAACAGUUGGGGGCGGAGCUUGUGACCUUGUCUCUGCUUCCAGAGUCUCGCUGGAAGAGUCUGCUGCACCUGGACCUUAUCAAGGUGAGUCUUACCCUGGGGGGCCUCCAGCCCAUCAGUCUGUCAGUCAAACGGGUCAGAACAGGAAACAGAAUCAAGAGUUCAGGUUGUGACAUCACUGACCUCCGUUGAUGUUAUCAGAGCAGGACCGUUAAUUCAAAUAGAUGCCAUAGCUGUUCUCUGACCACACUGUCCAACACUCAGAGCUCCCCCUGCUGACUGUCUGCAGUCAUGGAUCAUAAGCCCCGCCCCCUCUUUGUCACCUGACAGGUUAGAUAAUCUUCCUUCAGUCAGUUUGGCGUGUUUAUGUCCCAGAGUCCGCUUUGAUUCGUUUUUAGGCUGACUGACUCGAGAAACAGUGCCAUGAUUGACAGCUCUGUGGAUCAAUUAGGCUCCUUCAGCACUGGGCCCAGAUUAUCAGAGAGGAGACUCAACAAACAGCCAGAUCACUCCAAUAUGAGAUUAUAUCAACAAACGUGUGAAUGAGUGAAUGUUUUUUUUUAAUGUCCGUCUGAACUUUCCACAGAGGAGGAAUAAACCUAUAGUGCCCCCUGCUGCUCCACCUGCUGCACCUUUCUACCUGCCUACAGUUCCAGGUCUCACGCCACGCUUCACGUUGCCCAUGACAACCGAACAGGAAGGACAGGUAGUGCUACUCCACCUGGAAGUCUUUCUGCUCACCUGCACAUCUGAUAGAGAACUUUUAUUUUGAUGAUGAAGAUGGUAAUGAUGAUGAUGAUUAUGAUGAUAUUGAUGAUGAUGAUGAUAGCGAUGAUAAUGUGAUGAAAAUAAUAGUGAUGGUGAUAAUAAUGGUGGUGAUGAUGAUACCGAUAGUGAUGAUGAUAAUAAUGAUGAUGAUAGUGAUGAUGAUGAUAAUGAUAGUGGUGAUGAUGAUAAUGAUAGUGUUGAUGAUGAUGGCGGUCAUCAAGAUGGCGCCCGGAGGAGACGCCCUGGUGUUCUGGUGCUCGUUGUUUGGUCUGUUUUUGUGCGUUAACCGUGUGUCAUCGUGCUCCUACACCCGUGAGGAGCUUCUAAACAUCAGAUCAACAACACCCACGGACAUUGCACCAGUUUUUUUGGCAUCUGCUGCUGAACUGGUCCACUUUUUGGCCAAAAGAGUGAGACGCCGGCGAAGAGGAAAGCGAGAUGGGGUGCUCGCACGUCCCAGACAGCGAGGCACGCGUACACCCUUACCUCGGAUUUUCCUCUCCAACGUCCGCUCAAUUAGCAACAAGAUGGAUGAGCUGGCACUGCUGAUGAAGAAGAAUAGAGACUUCUCCUCUUCUUGUGUUCUGUGCUUCACGGAGACGUGGUUAAACGCACAGACACAGGACUGCGCCAUACAACUGGAGGGUUUUCAGCUCCUCCGCGCAGACAGAGAUCGUGUACUCUCCGGUGGGAAAACAAAAGGAGUCUGCUUCUACAUCAACAACGCCUGGUGCUCCGACGUGACAGUGGUCUCCCAACACUGUUCUCCUUCUCUGGAAUAUCUCUUCAUAAACUGCAAACCGUUCUACUCUUCAGAACCGUUCUAGUUUGUCUCAUUCAUACUCUGCUCUGUUUACAUUCCACCGAGUGCGGACGUGCACGCGAAACAGGUUAUGAGCGUAGAGAGGAACUUUCCGGACUCCUUAGUUAUAAUCCUCAGUGAUUUUAACAAAGGAAAUCUCAGUCAGGAACUACCAAAAUACAAACAGUUUGUAACAUGCCCGACCACAGAGGGGAACACAUUAGAUCGCUGUUACACUACAGUAAGUGGUGCUUAUUGUGCUGUGGCUCGCGCAGCUAUGGGACUCUCAGAUCACGCCAUGGUUCACCUGAUCCCUGCAUACAGACAGAGACUAAAACUCUGUAAACCUGUAGUGAGGACAUCCAAAGUGUGGACCAGUGAAGCUGUGGAGGAGCUACGCAUGUGCUUGGACACCACGGACUGGGAUAUGUUUAAGGCUUCUACAGACAGUCUAGAUGAUUACACAGUCUAGAUGAUUACACAGACAAAAACUAAAACUAGCCAACGACCUGAACGACUUCUAUUCACGCUUCGAAGUCAUGGACUCACAUCCCCUCACCCCCCACACAACUGGAAAUUCAACCCCUCUGGUCCUCCCCUCGCUGCCCUUUCAGUCCAUGAAGAAGAAGUAGACAGACUGUUUAAGCGGCCAUCAUUGAGUCCAUCCUCAGCUCCUCCAUCACAGUGUGGCACGCCGGGGCCACUGCUAGGGACAGACACAGACUGCAGCGCAUUGUGGGCUCUGCUGAGAAGGUGAUCGGCUGUAGCCUUCCAUCUCUCCAUGACCUGUACGUCUCAAUGACUCGGGACCGAGCAGGUCGGAUCGCAGCUGACCCUUCUCACCCUGCACACGGACUAUUUGAGACACUCCCCUCAGGUAGGAGGCGAUGGUCCAUUCGGACCAGAACCUCCCGCCAUAAGAACAGUUUCAUCCCCUCUGCCGUUGGACUCAUGAACACUUUAUAACUCAGUCACUUUAAGUCUGUCACUUUAUCAAUGGUCACUUAAAUUAAAUGUACCUUGGUUUUUUAAUUGCACUCCUCCCACUUACUGUGCAUAGCAUUGUACAUAGCCUUUUAUACUUUAUAUAUGUCCUGCAUGCUCUUAUUAUUUUCUGUUCUAGUAUUUUAUAUUUUAUUCUCCGUUUAAUGUUGCACCAUCACUGCGUAAAAAAUUCCUAGUCUGUGAAUCCUGUUCAUUGACAAUAGCAUAAAACCCAUUCUGAUUCUGAUUCUGAUGAUAAUAGGGAUGAUAACGUCAUGAUAAUAAUAGUGAUAAUGGUGGUUGUCAUGUUUUUUGUUGUCAGUGUGUUUGUUUUCCUGCAUUAAUUGUGUUUUCAUUGUUGUUUCGUUUGUUUGUUAUUGAUGUUUGUUGUUGUUUCAGUCAAAGGUGCUGGACUGGGGCGUGCUGGCUCAGAGGUCAGAGGUUGGCUGUGCUCUGGAGGAAUCUCUCCAGUCUGGAUGCUGUAAGUUAUUGAUUAAUGAGUCUGACUGUUAUUGAUUAAUGAGUCUGACUGUUAUUGAUUAAUGAGUCUGACUAUUAUUCAUUAAUGAGUCUGACUGUUUUUGAUUAAUGAGAUUGACUGUUUUUGAUUAAUGAGUCUCACUGCUAUUGAUUAAUGAGUUUGACUGUUAUUGAUUAAUGAGUUUGACUGUUAUUGAUUAAUGAGUUUGGAGCUUUUCUCUCAAUUUUAUAAUGUCUCUCUCUCUCACCCCCUCCUCUCUCCCCCUUGCACCCCCCUCCUCUCUCCCCCUUGCACCCCCCCCCCCCCCGCAGUUGACCGUCCAAUCAGGCUCCUAAAGGAUUGUGGGCCGGCGGUACUCUCUGUCGAGUUCACUAAUCUGACAUCACAGGGGGGCGGAGCCAGCAGCCUGCUGCUAGCCUUCAUUAAAAUGAUUGAACACAUGUUGGCGAGUGGGCGGAACUUUGAUCUGGCCCAUGCUUACCUGGGGCUCUUCCUGAAGGUCAGCCAAUCAGAGUGCAGCAGAGUCACCUUACCCUCUAAUGAGAAAUGAGGAGUCUUUUAUUGUGAAAAUCACACCUCAGUUUCCUGUUUGCUGUUUGUUUUUAGCUCAACCUCCAUUCGCUGUCAGAGGACCCCGCUGCGAUGGACGCGUUGGUCCGCCUCUCCUCACGGCUGGAGGCAGGGUGGGCGGAGCUACAGACAUCAUUCAACCAAUCACUGUGUCUGCUGACAUACACCAAGAGUGCAGUGCUGUGACACACACACUCACACACACUCGCCCUCUCUUGUUCUCUGCCCCCCCCCCCAAUGUUUUGUACUAAAGGUCUCUUACCUGGCCAGCAGGUGUGUGUGUGUUUUGUGUUAUAAAGUGUGUUUGACCUUUGACCCUGUCAUCAGCCCAGAGUUUGAUCAAGUUUCAGUGAUUAAACUGAUUAAAGUGAAAUCAGUGUGUGAUUGCAUCAGUGAGGUUCAGCAGAGGUCUGUUAGAACUCUCUAAAGUCCUGAUCCGGGUUUAGUCAGGUUUUGAUCAAGAGUCUGUCUCCUCUGACCUUUAACCUCUGUCCACUUUUCUAAAAUAAACCCUGACUAAGAAAAGAUGGACGUUAAGACAGUCAAGAAGAAAAUACAAGAAAACUUGUAUUUUGGGUCAGAUAAUUCUGUCAUUCAUUCAUCAGACUACAGCGGGGUGACGCAGCUCAAGGAAGAACAUUUAUGAUCAUUUCUUCAUGGAAAUACAAUCAGACCGAGAAGCUAAGUUAGAGAAACUAUCGCGUCUGCAAUGAAAAAUGAUUAAUAUGGUGAUUAUUACUUCAAGGAAAAGAAAUGAUCAUAAAUGUUCUUCCUUGAGCUGCAUCACCCCACUGUAGUCCGUAAUGGACUGGCCCGAGGUCUCUCUACAAACCAUCAGCUGCUGGAAGAGAGUAGGUGAGUUGUGUUUAGUCUCUUUGCUAAGGAAAUCAGGCAAAGUUAAAAAGAUGUUAGCGACGUGUGAUACUCUUAAGCUAAUUAUGAUAUUAACUUUCAUCAUGUGUCCAAAGACAUUAGUGUCUCAGAGCUGAAUAACUCUGAUUUUACCUGAUACUUCUACAACACCGACAGUGUUCAGCUGCAAGCUAGCAUGAAGAGCAGCGCUGACUCCGCCCACGACUCAGAGGUGAAUUACUAAUGAGCUAGUGGAGCUCAGCAAAAGAAAAAUCCUUAAAAAUUACAAAAGUCACAUGAUUUAGUCUAUAAAUAUAAUUGCAACUUGAAGACCUCUGAGAACACUUUAAAUAGUUAAAGACUAAUGAGUUAAAGCUGUUGGAAAUCCUCCAGGUUCAGUUUUCUCCUCUGUUUACCCACAGUCAGCUGUUUGUCCUCCCUUUUUAACCGGGUCAGUGACUUCUUUUCCUGUUAAUGUGGAUCUGUUUCCUGAUCCAGUUCAGUCUCAGUCCUCUGAGGUUUCACUGCUCUGAUAACGAGGCUCUUAUUUUCUCAUCUUUCUCCUAUGUUCUCCUCUUUUUCUCUCUUUACUCCUCUUUUCUUUUAUUUUCUCCUCUUUUCUCCUCUUUUUCUCCCCUUUUCUCCUCUUUUCUCCUCGAAUUUUCUUCUCUUUUCUCAGUUUCUCUCUGUUCAUGUUAUCAGCUGUGGAUGUAAAUCUGAUUUCAAAGUCUAAAUUCAUGUUCAGUUUUAAGUUUUGUUUUUACUCAGAGUUUUAGUUUAACAUUUUUAAACAUUAGUUUGAAUAUUAAAGUUAAAUCACAGAUGUUUAUCCUGUUUUAUUUUCUUUCAUUUAUUUCUUACUUUUAUUUUUCCUUCGUGUUUUUUGUUUUCUAUGCAGAUUUUAUUUUGAAAGGACUCUUAAAGUUCCUAUUUGUCUCCUAAGGGGAUACAACCAGACUAUAACAAUAUAAUUUACACCUUUUGUGCCUUAAAUAAUCUGAUUGACUAUUGGAGAAUGUCAAAUCCUACCACAAAAAGAUAUACAUGGAUAAGUCCGGCUGACUCCAACCUAUGCUCACGAUUAAACUAUUGGCUGGUGUCACAAACUCUAGCAAACUAUGUAACAAAAUGUGAUAUUCAAAUGUCACCACUUACUGAUCAUUGUAUUAUUGAUCUCUCACUGUCUUUUGUAACUAAAAAACAGAAAUCUGAUUUGUUUAUAAUGUUUGGAAAUUCAAAAAUGCAUUAUUACUAAAAAAAGAAUUUUGUGAACAAGUGAAAUCAAUACUCAAUAAAAUAACUGAGAUGGAUACUUCAAA